AUGAUUCUUUCUCCCCGUGCUGCCCCCAUCCCCGUGGACGCCGCCUACGGUGACAACGGCCUGGACUCGGCGCUGCUCGGGGACUGCGCCCGCAAGGGGAGCGUCGUGUCCCGCGCCAACAGCAUCGGCUCCACCAGCGCCUCGUCCGUCCCCAACACGGACGAUGAAGACAGCGACUACCACCAGGAGCCCUACAAGGAGUCCUACAAGGACCAGCGCCGGCGGGCGCACACCCAGGCGGAGCAGAAGAGGCGAGAUGCCAUCAAGAAAGGCUACGACGACUUGCAGGCCAUCGUCCCCACCUGCCAGCAGCAGGACUUCUCCAUCGGCUCCCAGAAGCUGAGCAAGGCCAUCGUCCUCCAGAAAACCAUUGACUACAUCCAGUUCCUGCACAAGGAAAAGAAGAAGCAAGAAGAGGAAGUUUCGAUCCUCAGGAAAGAGGUGAUGGCCUUGAAGAUCAUGAAAGUGAACUACGAGCAGAUCGUGAAAGCUCAUCAGGACAACCCCAAUGAGGGGAAGGACCAGAUCUCCGACCAGAUGAAGUUCAACGUUUUCCAAGGCGUCAUGGAUUCCCUCUUCCAGUCCUUCAACGCCUCCAUCUCGGUCACGAGCUUCCAGGAGCUCUCGGCCUGCGUCUUCAGCUGGAUCGAGGAGCACUGCAAGCCCCAGACGCUCCGGGACAUUGUCAUCGGGGUCCUGCACCAACUGAAGAGCCAGCUGUACUGA